AUGUUGGACUUGUUACGCGCAUUGUCGUCCUCGCGAAGCCUCGCGAAGAUUACGCUGGAGUGGACCAUGUAUUUGGGCGACGAGCAUGCGCAAGCGCUUGCCGACGCAGUUCUCACCAACCGUCGGCUUUACGAACUCUCGCUCAGGGUUGUUGGCGAGGCUUUCUGUGCAUCGAUCCUCGGUCAUCUCAAUCCGGGCCUGGCGCAAAACUACAGCAUCCUUCACCUGGAGCUUCCCACCAGCCCACAGUGUAGCGCUGAGAUAGCCGCUGCGCAGGACAUCGUCCGACGCAACUGCAGCCUCGUCGACCGAGCGACCAGGUUCGUGAUGGGAGACCACGAACCGUACUGUGCGCGGGUCGUCGAGCUUGUCUCGUGGCACCCGAAGCUCGUCGACAAUGUUCGUCGUAGGGCAAACGUGACCGAAAACGAAGCCGCGGCCAUCAUCAGAAGCGCUCUGCGGCUUCCGUGCCUCACCGACAUGCACGAGUUCAUGAAGCUCAUCGGUGUCGUCGAGGAACGCGUUCAGUGCCGCAUUCGGCGGGACGGCAACACGCAGCUCGACCAACUGAACCACGACUGCUGGCUGCGCAUCCGUCGGUACCUGAAGGUGGCUGACGUUGCGGAUCUCUGAGGCUCGCUUACCAAGUCAUUCUUCUGUGUGCACCGCGCCGGUGGAACACCGUUGUGAAUCAUCUUCCAAAAAAUAUCCUCCAUUUGAACGGUUGCACCCCCAACCCUUGAACCUUCACCGUGCGCCGCAGGUCUUUGCAGUCGUAAACUUUAUACUGAAACAUAGAUUUUCCGGAAAACAGCGAGUACCCUAUUGACUCGUACGUGUGCUCUUGUAGCUUGUCCGUGGAGCAGCCGGCAUUCAGUUUUACUUGUGCGUCGUCAGCUGCGAUCAACUCGAGGUGCACGCACACGUGAUGGCAGCCGUAUUAACAACGAACAAUGAGCCAGAAGGUACUGAUACACCAGCCGUUUCGUGAGCAUGCGCGUCAUCUUGCAGAACAUUGUAGCCGCUAACUCAAAAUUCGAUGCAGGUACUGAACCCGUGGUGUGGUGAAAUUUCGCCUUCGGAAUUUCUGCGUGCUCUCUCGAACGUCAUGGGUCAAUGUACGAAUGGGCACCACAAGAGUGGUAUGAUGCUGUCUGCGUGAAACGUUUUUGUACUGCAUACCACAAAAGUAUAUUACAUGCGCAUGCCACAAACUGUUAAUGCGAGAGCGGCCAUAAUCUCGAGGAUCAUUUUCUUCAUUACAUCCUGCAUAACUUCCAGAACCUUCAUCAGCACUUUCAUUCUAUUCUCCUAUAUUCUCGACAUGCAGGAGUCAUGUCGAGGCUUGACACGCCGCAUCUACUCUGGUGGUUUCCAUUACCAAAGAAUAUUCUUUUUUCUUCCGUUUAUUUUCAUCCAACAACGAAAGACCGUUUUUUUUUCCUUUGCUAUGGUCUGAUCACUAUUUCUUUUAUAUCUCGUCAAUGCAAGCCAACAACACAAUGAGUAUUUCAACAACUUCGCUUUUAACAGCUGUGUUAUCCGCUACAACCUUGCAAGACUUUAGAAUCGGACGUGACAUUUGUCCUAACGCAAUUGAUCAUUUUAGUUGUCUGAAUAAAGAAUUUUUAGAACUAUCGCGCGUUGCUUACACUCGAAGCACAUGAACGUGGCCUCAUGGUUCGGUGUUGAUGGCAGCUUGCGUCACACCGUUCCAAGCGAUUGCUUGAAGCAAAGCCAGUAACGACCACAACAAUUUUACCAGAAAUCUUUAUCAAAUGCACAAGCUCUUAGUACCCACAUGUAAGGAUCGACGUGAGCUUACAGAGGACCCAAGCUGGCGCGAAUGAGGUUUAUUUAAGAGCAGCACAUUCAGCUGCAGAUAUGCAAUGGCCAUAGCAUGGUGUUCACUUAGGUAGCCGUCUGGAUAGACAGCUAUAUAGGCGGAAAGAAAACUAGUCUCUCAAUGCCAGGAAUGCUAUUCGCGUUAAACGUAUAAGGACUUCAGUCCUAAAUCCGUCCGUAGAUGUUCUAUGCAAUUUAAAUGUUUUUCUUCCUUCUGUUGGCAUCAAACAAACGCUACAGUGGGACUCGUUGAACGUGCAUGAAUCAGCUCGACGAACAUGAUCGAAUACAGAUUGCUCAUGCAGACGCUUCGCAUUGUUUCUUAAUUUGCGUUCUUUAGUAUCUACUUAGCACGUACCAUUAUGA